UCUGUGUCUAAAAGAAAACUGUCAAAAUAGUGUUUCUCGUUCUUUGCUCGUGUGUUUUUCCACGUUUUGUUAAAAACAUAACACAAAAUUGAGAAAUAGGAACUCCUAAAUAAACACAUUAAAAUGUAUCUCAGAUAUUUCUUAAACGAGAAGGGUGAGAGGCAGUACACCCUUGCAACUAUUGAUCCCUCGGGGAAGCCCACCUUGUCGGCCCACCCAGCCCGCUUCUCCCCUGAAGACAAAUACUCCAGACAGAGAAUCACCAUCAAGAAACGAUUUGGACUGCUAAUUACUCAGCAGCCAGAGCCUAUCCAUUAGUUAUAUACUAAAUUUAAGUUAACUAGAAUAAGUUUUAUUAAUAAAAGCCCAAAUAAGUAUUA